ACUUACUUCUAAUUCACUCCCUCUUGCUUCAAUCUUCAAUAUCUUCUGGCCCAACAAAAUCCCAUGAAUUGAACCGACUCCCAAGACCCUUGGGUGUGCGUGUGUGCCCAGUUUGUGAUUUUCCUAGGAAAAAAAUGGAAAAUUUCGGUGGGAAAAAGACACCCACCAUCAAUCUCAAGCUGUUCACCGCUAUUUCGGAUUCUUUUUCCCCAAGGAACUUCCAAGACGGUGUGGUUGGGCUAGGCAUAGUUGCGGCUAUGACUGAUGAAACCCAUACUCGCCAACCUAUUUGCUUUUCCCUGUCGCCGAGAUACACCGCCACCCCCGUGCCUACAGCCCCAUCUGUUAAACCGGCACCCAAUUUCCGAGGUGGCUCUAAUCCGGAGAAUUCCGGUGGAUUAUCUCGGAACCCCACUUGUGUAAUUUCUAAUUCUGGCGAUAAUAGCAACAAUUGCAGGCCUAUGGGUCAAUUCAAGAGGGAGUUUUGGAGUGAUGACUUUCUGGCUUAUUGUCAUCUUUGCCAGAAGGAGCUUCAUGGUUUGGAUAUUUUCAUGUACAGAGGGGAGAAGGCAUUUUGCAGUGCGGAAUGCCGUGACAGGCAAAUUACGUACGAUGAUGAUCGCAAACAAAUAUUUGGGGCUGAAGCCAGGAAAUGGAAACCACUUGAUUGCUCCAAGUCCACACCCCACUGUUCUGGCCGGCAGGUGUUGUUUGCCGUGGUUGCAGCGGCAUAGACUAUUACUUAAUUGUUACCGGACGUGAUACAAUAAAUAAAAGGAAAUAAUACGCAACUGCAGAAUUUUGGUAGGCUUUUGAGUUUCAGUUUCAGCAUCUCUUAGUGUGUGUGGAACCAAAAUCAUAUGAUAUUUCCUUUUGGCAUUUCAGCUUACUGUAUGUAGGAAAAUCAUAUAGCAUAUUUAUAUGUAUUAUUAUGAAGAGUUAAGUUAUGAAUAUCAUAAAAUCCACAUGUUGGAAAUUUUAUUUUA